UUGGAUUUUUCUUUGGACACACGACUCGAAGACCAAACUAUUGACUGGAUCAAUCGCAUGCUUUCGUGCACAAUGUGGAAAUCUUGCAUCUACGCAAUUGAGUUCCAAUUUCAGGGCGGUUCGCUCAGCAUGUCUUAACGGACGAAUUUGCCGAAAUUCUCGACAUAUCCAGGUAAAGUCUCAUCCUCGGGUAGUCCGUGUCUAGUUCAGAAGACCGAGCCAGAAUUGCAAGCAAAUUCGUCACCAUGAGUAGCGAUGCCUCUUCGACGACUCCAGACGACUCCAUACAGAGGAUGAUCCACAUGCGUGAUGAGUUUUACACCGAUGAAGGCAAGACUCUGUGCGGGCUCAAUCGAAUUCUCGUGAACCAGAUCUCCAAGGCGCUCAGAGAGAGCGUGCAGCUGUUGAUCUGGAUCCAGUUCACACUGGUGCUGCCAGCUAUGCUCGUCUUCGUAUGCAACCUCUACAACUUUUUAACACUAGUUCCCAAGCUGGUGCCCAAUGCAGACUUUCCUGAUGCAGACGACGCCACUCUGGCUCGAAGGAAGAAUUACGGUCUCGGAAUCCUCUUCGGACUGGCCGUCGCUUACUUUCUGCUGACGAUCAAUGUCCUGGCGGCCAUCAACUACGCCACGGGCAACAUCUAUAAGGGUCACAAGGUAAGCUUCCUGGACGUCCUCAAGGCGCUCCCGGGCUUGUGGAAGGGAUUUCUCAUCACAACUCUCUGGUCAUCGCUGCUCACGUAUGGAGCGCUGCUGGUCCUCUGGAUCACUGCCUCUCUGACGCUCUACUUCAGCUACCAAACCACCAAUGGGCCUUUCAUCGUGGUCAUGUACAUGACCACCUUGUUCCUUCUCCUGGCCUUCGUCUUUGUCAGCACUACUUUCAUUCCAGCCGUCACUGCCGUGGCCAACGGUGUCACCUGCUUCGAGGACUGCUGCGGUUUGAAAGCUUUCCACAAGGCCAUGGCUUUACUGGAAGAUCUGUGGUUGAUGGCUUUCAAGGGGGCCACGUUCGAGAGCAUAUCUAUCCGCCUCGUCGUAAUUGAGAUCUACAUGCUAUCAGGUUUUACCGGACCCUCGGAGCUGGAAGAGAUUCAAUUAUGGACGAAACUGCUGGUUGGAGGGGUGAUGGUGCUCAUGCUAUCAAUAUAUAUGCAGGCAAGCACUAUGUACUGGUCUCUGUUUUAUAUCACUUGCAAGAUCUAUCAUCAUGAAAGCCUCGAGCCUAGGGGAUCUGGACAAUACGAACGCAUUGUUCUCAACGAGAUAGAUUCAGAAUCUGUUGGCGAAAGGGUAUGAGAUCUGGCUCGAUCCUUCGGAUCCACUUGUACAAGUCAGUUUAAUAAGUAGACCGCUGUAAUUUACUUCGAACUUUGUACGUGUCUGCUACCACCAAGUGAUACCCGUUUCCGCCGGGCGGAAGGAACGAAAUGCAGACGCUGAAAAGCUUGUACAGAGGCAUAGAAUACAGUGCCGAUUACUGUAUAUGACUAGGGAUUGAAACUGCGAGCGAAGUUUCGUCGGACAUUUGUGUUAAAAGGUAGAUUGCUUCGAGUACAUUUUGGAAUCGCAGUGAGAGUACACCGGCCUGAAAUCUGUACAUUUGUGAUUAUGACAAAGUUUGGCAACAUGCAACUUCAGGAUCACAUCACACACACAAGAUUCAGCCUGUAAAUAGGUUCAUGGCCGAAGACAGAAGAAGACUUUAUCAUCUCAGGGUUUUGAACGUUGGAUCAAUUCCUAGUGGGAAGUAUGGCUGAUCGCGUUAUCUUUGAUGCCGAGGCAUUGCAUAUGUAGCAGUCUGUUCUUAUUAAAGUUUUGAACGAGGACGUCGACAAAUGUUGUACGAUUCGACCAUCGAGAUUUCCGAGUGCUUAAUGUUCUAAAGCUUUAAACUGCCCAAGGUGUAAUUCAUCACCAAAUUCAAUUGGA